CAGCAAUCUUUGGAUCAAUUAGUUCAUCAUGGCAUCUGUUGCUAUUUCUCCCAGCGGAACCUGGUUCGACACCCUCAAAAAGUCCUUUACCGACGUUCCUGUCGAUACUGCUAACGACAAUGCCAUCCCAACCGUCGAGUUCCUCGAGGCUGCUGAAUCUCUGACCACGUUGUUUGAUAUCCUUGGCUCCGCUGCCUUUGGUCCUGUUAAAAGUGAUCUAACUAGCAACAUCAAGAAAGUCAGAGACAGGCAGCUGGCUGCCCCUGGCGAAUCCGAGACUCUUCAAGCUCUUGUAUUGAAUGAACUGAAGACCAAGAAGCACGUUGCUACUGAAGGUCUGCUCUGGCUCGUUAGAGCUCUUGAUUUCACCGCUCAAUCCCUCCGCCAUAACAUUGACAAUGCCGAGUCUGAGCUCUCCACCUCAUUCCGUGACGCUUACGGCAGAACCCUCAAGCCCCACCACUCAUUUAUCAUCAAGCCUAUCUUCUCUGCUGCCAUGUCUGCAACCCCAUACAGAAAUGACUUCUAUGUUAAACUCGGAGGUGACCCUGCCAAGGUCCAACCUGCCCUUGAAGCUGAGGUGAAAGCUCUCGAGGAGAGAGUUGCCAUUCUGAAGGCUUUCCAGGACCGCAAGGAGGCGAAAUGGUAAAUUUCUGUUGACCAGGAUUCUUCUUCGUGAUAACAGCUUGAUGCAUAUUAUCUCAAGGAUAUUGUUGACCCCAAAUGUAUAUAUGAUUCUGUGGGAUUUGAUUGCAUAGCUUGACUAAACUAUACCAGAACGCACUGUUAUUUUUGGUGAUAUCUGAACAAUAUUCACCUGCCUACAAAGAAAUAUUAUGGCAAGCAGCAGAGCGAUGUAACUAAAU